GUGAUAUAGCGCAGCAGUCGGUUUGUAUCCAUAGCCAACUCUAUCCUAUCCAAGUCAAGGUUUGUGGGAGGUUUAAACCUACUAGUCUACUUUCUAAUACCGUUUUGGUGAGCUUUCAACUGGAAGUAACAGCUAAUUAUAGCGAGAGUCGUUUACUGCAAGAAUCUUCAGUUUCGCGGUGUUGGUCGGGCUACUCAUUAUAGGAAUUAACGAAGAAGACGCAAGACGCUCCUUGGAUUUCACCAACGCAUAAAGGAGAACAUCUUUAUUUUUCCUUGCCUGAAAGGAAGACUUGUAUUUGUGGACUAACGCCUACUAAUAGAAGACAGCCUCCUUCGCAGUGUUUCGGGAAGUUUAGGUUGUAAAUACGCCUGUGGGUCAUUUAUUUAGGCUAAGAUUUACCAGUGGGAUUGGACUGUAUUUCCUCUCUUGCUUUUCAAUGCUUUGUGAGAACGGGUGGUCGUCUACCGUAAAAACGUAAGGCUAUUGAUAACGGAGAUAAGUGAAGAGUGCGCUCCCACGCCUGCCCUGACCUCUAGAUGCCGGGCAUAAACUCCACCAACGCCCCUCACUAUGAGUCCGGCUGGGAGAUGGAGUACGACCACUAUCAACAUUACUUCUACGACGACCACGAUCCGGAUGAGGAUUUCUUUAAAUCCACUGCGCCCAGCGAGGACAUUUGGAAAAAAUUCGAGCUAGUACCGACCCCGCCCAUGUCCCCUAUCCGGACUUUAGAUGGGGCAGCCGGGGUCGGGAUGGUCUACCCUUCGCUGGGGGACAAACUCGAGUGGGUGUCCCAGUUUUUGGGUCAAGAGGACGACCAGGAUGUGCCGUGUAAAUUCAGUUCCGCCGACGAGGCUUUGGGGAACCUGAGCUCCAUUAUCAUCCAGGACUGCAUGUGGAGCAGCUUCUCGGCGGGCAAACAGCUGGAGAAAGUUAUCGGGGAGCGACACGCUUCCUGUCCCGGGUCGGGGUCGACCAAACCGGCCCCGCAGCAGGUGGGAGCUGGCAUCAACACCACCGGGAGGGCGCAGUGUGUGACGAUACCCACGGACGCUCCGGUUCUCAGUAGCUUGGCGACGGAUUGCGUGGACCCAGGUGCUGUUCUCACCUUCCCCCUGACCGGGGGACUAACCGGGGGACUAACCGGGGGACCGUUCAAGAAACCUGCGGUGUCCUCCGGUUCCGAAUCUCCCACAGACUCAUCGGAUGAUGAAUCUAGUGAUGAUGAGGACGAAGAGGAGAUUGAUGUGGUGACUGUGGAACACAAGCAGUACAAGCCCCGGCGGCUGGCCAACGGCAGGCUGAACGGGCGGACGCCGGUGACCAUCACAGUCGGAGCGGACCCUGUGGACCCGAAACACUUCCACAUCUCUAUCCACCAACAGCAGCAUAACUACGCUGCGCCUUCCCCGGACACACACAAACAUCCCGAGCCCCCCAGGAAGAGAGUCCGACACGAGCCCCUGAACUCUUCUCAUAACUUCUCAAACUCAUCUCACCCCAAGCCACACCCAGGCCCCGCCUCAACCAAUCAGAACCCUGAGAGCAAACCACCUCACGUCGCAGUGGCUACGGCCGGUUCGGAGUCACCUGACGCCAACACACUCAUCCUUGCCUCCUCCCCCUCGAACUCUCCCCCAUCCUCCUCCCACCGCCACCUCUCCUCCUUGAAGUCCUGCUCCCACCCCUGCAGCCCCCAGUCCUCCGACUGUGAGGACACGGACAAACGCAAGACUCACAACUUCCUGGAACGUAAACGGCGCAAUGACCUGCGCUCUCGUUUCCUGGCGCUGCGGGACAACAUCCCUGGCUUGGCAGAGUGCCCCAAGACACCCAAGGUGGCCAUCCUGACACGUGCCACUGAGUACCUGGCGCAGCUGCAUUCUAGCGAGCGCCAGCGGGCACAGGAGAAACGUCAGCUGAAGGCCAGGCACCAGCAGCUACUCCGCAGGUUGGCACAGCUCAAACAAUGCCCCUGAACUGACUGGCAUACUGACUGGCAGGCUGGCAAAGCUCAAACAUUAUCUCUGAACUGACUGGCAUACUGACUGGCAGGCUGGCAAAGCUCAAACAUUAUCUCUGAACUGACUGGCAUACUGACUGGCAGGCUGGCAAAGCUCAAACAUUAUCUCUGAACUGACUGGCAUACUGACUGGCAGCGACCUCUAGUCGACAGAAACCAGGACUCUCAUUAACUGGCAGGCUUGCAGGGAGAGAAGCCCAAGUUGUAUGCUUUGCUGAACCCUAUAUUAUAAACCAGGACUGAGUCAAAACCAGGGACGGAUCUCAAGCCUAUAUUAUUAAACCAGGACUGAGUCAAAACCAGGGACGGAUCUGAAGCCUAUAUUAUUAAACCAGGACUGAGUCAAAACCAGGGACGGAUCUCAAGCCUAUAUUAUAAACCAGGACUGAGUCAAAACCAGGGACGGAUCUCAAGCCUAUAUUAUUAAACCAGGACUGAGUCAAAACCAGGGACGGAUCUCAAGCCUAUAUUAUAAACCAGGACUGAGUCAAAACCAGGGACGGAUCUCAAGCCUAUAUUAUUAAACCAGGACUGAGUCAAAACCAGGGAUGGAUCUCAAGCCUAUAUUAUUAAACCAGGACUGAGUCAAAACCAGGGAUGGAUUUGAGAGGAUUUUCUUGCUCUUGUUGGCCCAAUCCCAAAUGGAUCCCUUUGCCCCUAUUCGUAGGAAAGCGGUUCAAGAUCUGCAAGGACAACAACGAUCAAGGGAAAGGACAUUGUGGGUUUAGUGUUGGGAUGGGGUUGUGAACUCCCAGACACACACACACACACACACACACACACACACACACACACACAGGAUGAGAUUAAGGAGCGAAGACACGAACGGUCACUUUGUGGGGUGGGGAAGUGGGUUAUAAUGUGGUGUUAGGGUUCUGUUGUUUUGCACAUUUGCUUCAGAGUGAUUGACAGAGCAAUCAUCUCGUCAGGAAGGACAGUAACAUGAUGUCACGUGAUCAUAGUUUUGUUAUUUUGGGGGGGGGGGGUUCUGGGCUGGCAUUUUAUCUCUCUGUUAUAUCUACCAAAUUAAUAAAGUAUGUAAAUAUUUUAAUGUUAAGUCAUGUUUCCCGAUUGGAAGAUGAUUUGUUAAUGAGAAGUUAUCAUGCCAAGUAGGCGGUGUGAGAUUUGGCGGUGUGAGAUUAGGCGGUGUGAGAUUAGGCGGUGUGAGAUUCGGCGGUGUGAGAUUUGAUUGUAUGCAUGUGUAAAGAAGAUUAUCCCUCGCUACAGCAACAACGGCUCAGAUGGAGUUGGUGUUGACAUGAGAACAUCAUGAGAAAUAGUCCUAAACUAAAUACAUUUUUGAUCAACUCUGAAACUCAACAAUAUCUUUAUACUUUCAGUGCCAUUUUGAAACCAGUCAGUGACUAAUGGAUUUUUUUUAUAAUGAUCAAAAUGUUAGCCAUUGCAAACAAUGGCAGUUCAUUUGAAACGGACAGGAAAUGGAACAUCUGCUUGUCCAUGUUAACGUUGCCCCUAUUAUAUUUGCCAACCUUAUUUCCUGUUAUUGUCUAAGACUGUAUGGUCCAUCGAUUGUGCAUUGUGUUCAGAUCAGCCUGCGUGUGUGUGUGUGUGUGUUAUUUGUGUGUGUGUGUGUGUGUGUGUGUGUUAUUUGUGUGUGUGUGUGUUUGCAUGUCUCCUUCUGUGUGUUACAUAUGAGUAUCCUUCUAUACAGUCCCUAAUGAACCAAAACCAGAGCUUUCAGAUUUAAUUCUAUUUUCUUUCCUGUCACUGGCUUAACUCAAAUUUCAAAAUGCUUUUUUUUGUUGUUGUUGUUUUUAGUAAAAAGGUGAAGUAAAUAAACAUUCAAAUAAUAACAUGGUUGAAACGUUACUUUGAUCACACUUGCCACUUUGACAAUGUUCUCAAUGCCUGUUUUUCUUUACAGUUAUAAUUUAGUUUUUUUGUUGGUUUGUACAAAAGGUCAGAGUUUUGUACUAUAUUUUCCUACAGUGUUUUUUGUUGUUGUGAGCUGAUGUGGUUGGUAUGGCUGUUAUGUGCUGCCCCUCACUCUCUCCCUACCCCACUCUCUCUCACCGCCCUCCCGGUCUCUCUCACCCUUCCCUGCUCAAACUAAUCACUAUCAAGCCCGCACUUUCUAAAAUCUCACAAUAGGGCACCUAAGAGGAUGUAGUUCUUAAAGGCCUUGGCCGGUCGGUGCGUAGCCUGAAGUGAACCCACUGUCUCAGCCCCUCCCUCCACUCCUCCCCCCAGGGAACCCACUGUCUCAGCCCCUCCCUCACCCCCAGGGAACCCACUGAAUCAGCCCCUCAUCCCUAGGGUACCCACUGUCUCAGCUCCUCCCUCCUUCACCCCCAGGGAACCCACUGUCUCAGCCCCUCCCUCACCCCUAGUGAACCCACUCUCAGCCCUAUCCUCCCUCCCUCACCCCCAGGGAACCCACUGUCUCAGCCCCUCCCUCACCCCUAGUGAACCCACUCUCAGCCCUAUCCUCCCUCCCUCACCCCCCAGUGAACCCACUGUCUCAGCCCCUCCCACCAGCUGUAUCACAGCAUGUUAGUUAACUCUGGGGGUGAUUAGUUGAAGCCAUAGCAACAGAGAAGCUCUGAAACUACGGUUGUGUGCCAAAUGGUUCCCUCUAUAGUAAUCCACUACUGACUAGAACCCUAUGGGCCCUAAUCCAUUUAUAGUGCACGCCCCAAGAACUCUAUGGGCCCUGGUACAAAAAAAAUAUUGUAUAAUGUAGGGAAUAGGGUGCCAUAGGAGAUGAGCACUCAUCCUGUAGUGUAACAGACUUGAUGAUGUAUUUUUAAUAUAACCUACUCAGUGGCCUGUCAUCAUCCUUGUUACUGAGAGAGAGAGAGAUCUCAGGAUUACCUCGGUAGGAGCGCUGAUCUAGGAUCAGUUUUGGCAUAUAGAUAAAACAAUAAUAAUAAGAUUAGAAAUGGACAGAUUCUAGAUCAGCACUCCUACUCUCAGAUGUGUUGUGGAUAUGGGCCCAGGGAGCGAGAGGAUUAGAUUGGGUGGCAACUAUUUUUGUUUUGUUUUGGGCAGCCUGGUUUCAGAAGGUGAGCUGCUACUAAUGUUAACCCUGAAAGCUUGGAUUACUCCCUCUGCCUCCCACAGAGUAGCGAGGGCGAGCGUAGAGCGGAACGAUGGAGAGGGUGAGAUAGUAGGGGAAAGGGCAGUUGGAAGAGAGAGAGAGAGAGUAGGAAGGAAGGGAGGGCAAAACUAUAGUAUCUCUUCACUUUCACUACUUUCUUCAUCUGUUCUUUCAGCACAUACCAUCAGUAGCCUGUAUUUAUCUCUUGUAACGCAAGGUCUAUUAGCGCCGCCUCAGGAUUGGCUGUAAGCCCAUUGUAGUUUUGAUUUGAUUUGUCACUGGUCUCUGUGUGUUAGACAGUCAUUUUGGCAGUGGGCCAUACUACACUUCACUCUGGGAAUUCUAAUAUGGUGGCAGGCAGCCUUGUCUCAAGCACUUUGUUUUCAGUACCUCAAGCCUAUAUGUACAGGGAGAAUCAGACCAAUGUAAUAAAUUCAAAACAUCA